CCCACCCUUCUUUGUGCAGAAGUGCACAUGCGCAAUCUCGGCAACAUGGCACUCAAGUUAGCAGCUAACCUGUCCUUUCUGUUCAAGGAGCAACCACUUUUGGAGAGAUUUGAAGCUGCUUCCAGGAAUGGUUUCAACGGAGUUGAGUUUGGAGCUGAUGUCGUUUCAACUUCUUCAAAAGAGGAGCUGGUGAUGGCUAAGGAGAGAGCUGGGGUGGAGGUUGUGGGACUGUGUGGACCUAAUGGAGCCCCUGGAGAGUACGGGGUGGCAGCUGUGCCUGGGAGAGAGGAGGACUUCAAGACAUUCCUGAGCACUGCCAUUGAGUAUGCAGUGGCUCUCAAGUGUCCACGGGUGCAUAUGCUGACUGGGGCAGUUGAUCCUUCCAUUCGUGACAACGCUGAGCAGACAUUCAUUGCUAACUUGAAGCAUGCAGCUCAAGAGUGUGCAAAGCAUAACAUAACAGUCUUAAUCGAACCCAUCUCUGUGAUACCCAACUACUUCUUGACACACCAGCAACAGGCUGUUGAUAUUCUCAAGAAGGUUGACUACCCAAAUGUCAAGUUGGAGUUUGACGUCUUCCAUGCACAGAGAAUGGACGGCAAUCUCACUGAGUUUCUCAGGAGCCACCUUCAGUAUGUAGAUCACAUUCAGAUAAGCCAAGUGCCUGGAAGACACGAGCCAGAUGAAAAGGGGGAAGUUAAUUUUCCCUUCUUCAUCGAUGCCCUGCAGUCUAUGGGUUAUCAGGGGUGGUUGGCGUGCGAGUACAUUCCUGCCACAACAACCGAGGAGGGACUUCACUGGACCAAGAACUACAUCGGAAAAUGAAGACCAACUAUUGUUGAUGCCACUCUAUAAUAAUAUUGCAAGUAGUUUUGUGAGAGAUCAUGAUCACUGCAUGUACACAUUUAGAAUAAAUUAUAUAAAGGUGACCUGCAAAUCUGUACAAAUCAUAAUGAAUAAUGAUUUUUGCAUAUCA